UUGAAAAUCAUCAAUACGCGAAUUCUUUGUAAACGGACCCAACGUUUUAUCAUGAUUAUUAAAUAUGUUCAUGUUUUGCUGAAGUAUAAGAAAACAGAAAAUAGAUAAAUAUCUUUUGUUCGGUAAUAUAUUGUUACAAAAUGUAAUACAAUAUGAAACAUUAGACGAAUGAUGUAAACAUGAUCAAGUGCUUGUAACGUUGGCUUGUUUGUUCCUCAAAAUUCGUAAAUGCUCAAUACAUUGUGAUAAACACAUUAAGGUUCAAUAGUUGACCAUUGUCGAUUCUUCCGAAGUACUCGCGAAUAACAGAAGGUUUGUUAGGGUAGCUACCAUACGCAGUCGAUAUUAAACAUUUCAGCUCGAUACAGAUUUUAGAUUUAAACCAAAUUACAUAUUAGCGCACUACGUUCUCUGCCGGUUAAAUUAAUGUGUGUCGUUAGUUUACAGAGCGGCGCUGGAAUGGAAAUUAAACUUUUAAUACGCUAUUCAAAUUCAUUAUAAAGCCUCAUAACGAAGUUGUAGGUCGAUUUGGUUAAACGACAGUGGAACAUUUACUAUGAAAGGAACUGUAGCGACUUUGAAGCGGAGCAUUUGCAGAGUCUUCAUUUGUCAAGGAUGAACUCUAAGGAUUAUUUCGUCACUACCAAGGAUUUAAGGAAGAUAGCGCUCUCAGGGAGGCAAACGAGCAACAGAAACAUUAAAUACAAAAAGUUUGCCCCAGCGUUCGAAAACCGGACCCUCGACAACUUUCCCAUGCCCCACGGGCGAGAGGACGCAGUGAGGUCCGCCCUGGGGUUUCGGGCUGAGAAAAGGGACGCUAGACAAAGAAUCAACAACGUGAGGAAUGACAGUGGUUCACUACGUGAUUAUAGCAAACAAAUGUUCGAAUUUUCCGUCAAGAACGCAAACCAGAUGAAAACAAAACCGACUCAAAGAGAAUUAACAAGUCGACAUAGGGUUAAUGAAGAAAGGAAUAUGAGGUUAAACUCUCGAUCAAAAUUGGAAGCUUCUCAUCGACCGGAUGUCUGGUGUAAUGGUCCAACAGCGGACGAGAGCGCCCUUAACCGCUGCCGACGGCGUACCCUGAACGCAAUUCGUAUACGAACUGUCCCGGAACCGGAAACUCGCUUUCAUCACGACCGAUCUAGCUCCUGUCUAAGUAUACGAUCAACACUACACGAUAAAAAUCAAAGUUUUAGACUUCAAAGUGUAAAUGGUGUAAAUAAUUCUAGGUCUGAUUCGAUACUCAGUAAUUCUCUCGUCGCUGGAAGUGAAGUCAUAUUUGUACCGUUAGAUGACAUAAACGAAAAAUAUUACUCUGACCUAAAUGGGAGAUCAAACCUGACGUCCAUGCUCUCUAUGUACACAGAUAAUGAUGACGACACAACAAGGGACCCUUUUGAUGACUUUGACGAGAGAAGUCUCUCCAUUGGUCCAGAUUUCAAACCUUUAGAUCAUUCAUCGCGCCCGGGUUCUCUCGUUCAAAGGAGAGGUCUCCUUCCAGCUAAUACACCCUGUCAGUUGAGACUGGUUUCUCUUGACGAGACGACAUCGGAGUCCGAAAGCGAGGAGUUAACGGAAGCACCCCCGCCGCCUCCACCGGAAGUGAAGAAGCCAGACCCUCCGCCUUGCAAGUUAUCAGUGAGAUUUAAGCAGGAGGAGAAAGUAGAGGAACGAGGCAAACAAGUUGAACCAGAACCGGAACCGGAACCAGUUAAAGUGAAAUUGAUCCUGAAAGGUCCGCACUGCUGGGUCGAUGACGCCACGGUAUCCAGUGACCAAUCAGAACGAGACGAGUUGGAGAUUCAGGAAGAUGUGUUACAAACUGAAAAUAACGCAACUGUCAAGAAUGUCAGCGCACAGGGUCAACAAAAAACCCAGACUGCAAAUGUUGUCAAAGCGGACCCAAAGGCAGCUGCAAAUGUUGUCAAAGCGGACCCUAAAGCAGCUGCCAAUUUAAAGACAUCUUCGAAGAAUGCCGCUGAUAGUAAUAAACAAACUGCUCUUGCGGCCGACUCAAAGCAGGAAAUGAAAAAUGCGUUUGAAAAAUCACUGCAAGAUUUAAAUGCUAAAGAAGGUCCAGACAUGGUUAAAGAAAACCUAGUAACGAAUCAUUCCCAGAUAAUUCAAAAUGGUGAUAUUAAACAAAAUGAAGAAUGUUUAAAACAUUCACUUAUCCAGACUGAACCCGUAUUGCCUUCGUUCAUAUGCCCGAGUUCGGAGAAGAAAUCUCGCGAGGCCGAACUGAAACACUGGCUAGCAUCCACGUGUUUCCGACAGGGCAUUGUUGACAUGCCCGUGUGCUGAGGAUUACAAUGGUUAUAUUAUGCCCAUGUCGCCAUAGGUUUUAUAUGUCUGGAACGAAAGCCUCACUGUUUUGUUGCCAUUUAUUCAUGAACGAGAAUGUGUUCUAGUUAUAACAAAUCUAAUUUAAUUUUUACAAUUAAAAAGUUAUUAAGUACAGUUAUACAUCAAUAAAGUAGUAUUUACCCCAGUUUUGACGAUAUAUUGCCAUCUUUCUUCGAAAGUGAUAUUUAAAUUGAUGAAAAUACUGUGUUUGCAGUAUCACCAGUAAGAAUAUGUUAAUAAGUCACUUCAAGUGACAUCACAUGUAGUUUGAUAAAAUUGUUAAAAUUUAAACUCACAAGAAGAUGAAUUGCUUGCCAACCGGUGGAUAAGAUAAUUUAUGCCUUUGCAAACUUGUUUGAUUUACCCGUGGUUGUAAUAGAUAUAAUAUAUGGCUGUACUACAUAUAAUAUUUAGCGUGAACACAGCAAGAAAAUAAUUUCAUCUGUGAUUGCUGUUUCAUUUUGAAUCAUGUCCUUUGAAGUUAGAGCGUUUAAUGGCCCUAACUUAUUAAUUGACUGGAUAAAUUAAAUAACAAAUUAAAUGUCAAACUAUAUUUAAACGAAUUUCUUAUCAAAAAGACUGAUUGUUUUCAAACAUCGUUGCAUCUGCAAAUCAGGAUAUUAAGUUAUUAGUAUAUGCCUUAGACUUGUAUAUGUUAUUUUCUUUAUUGACAUUUAGUAACCUUAGCACUACGGUUUAAAAGAUAAACCUGAAAAAUUAUGCACAUAAAUUGAUGUUUUAAUUUUUCCUGCAAUAAUUACGGUAUAACACCUUAAUUAAUUAAUAAAAUUGAACAUUCAAUACAACUUAUUAUGAAGUCAACUAGUAAUUCGAUGCAAACAAUCUUUUACUGUUAUAUGCACUUGCGGUUUUUGAAUAUUCACAAUAUGACAACAGAUUUGAUGUCACGUUUAUUUGAAUCACAAUACAUAACUCAGCGGAUUUGGGUCAAUUUGUUUGUAUCACCGAUUUCCAGAAAACAAUUAUAGGAUUACACUAUUGUACCAUAUUUAUUAGUUAAAUGUUUAUAGUUUAAUCGUAGCUUAAGUGAUUAGGUUACAUAAAAAUUGUUUUGUUUUUUCACUUGUUUCGUGUAUGUGUAAGUUGGAAUACAGUAUUAUUUCAAUGA